GCUUGGAAAAAGGGAAAAUCAUGGAAACAUCAAACGAAACGGGUAACUUGAGCCAAGAACUGCUGGAAAUAUUGGAGUUUUGGGGUGAACCCCGGGUGUCCCUCUACAUCAGCAUUCCAAUGACCACCAUAUAUGUGUCCAUAUUUAUAACGGGUCUGGUGGGGAAUGUGAUCACGUGCAUGGUGAUUGCUCGGCAUCGUCACAUGCAGACGGCGACGAAUUUAUACCUCUUCAGUCUGGCCGUCUCGGACCUCCUUCUCCUCUUCUGUGGCCUCCCCGAAGAACUCCACAAGACGUGGUAUAGUCACCCGUACGUGUUCGGGGAAGCGUUUUGCCGCGCGAGGGCAUUCGCAGCCGAGGCAACCACGUGCGCCAGCAUCCUCACCAUCACGGCGUUCACGGUGGAGCGAUACGUUGCCAUCUGCCACCCACUCAAGUCCCACACUAUGUCAAAAUUGUCGCGGGUCGCCAAAAUGAUCAUCGGGAUUUGGCUCUUGGCCGUGGUCUGCGCCGUGCCGCAGGUCAUCCCUGUCGGUCUCGUGUAUGCCAAGUUGAAAAACGGCACGUACGUCGAGGGUCUUUCAGCCUGCUCGAUUCUACCCGAAUGGACCGUAUACUCCCGCUACUCUUUCCAAGUGUCAACUUUAUUCUUCUUCGUCCUCCCCAUGGGUAUCAUCUCGGCUCUCUACAUUCUCAUUGCCGCCGCACUUCGUCGAUCCACCUGUAACACCUCGAGUGUGACUUCAGAGGGUUCCGACUCUGAUUACGUCCAUAAAUCCAGAAGAACGGUCAUCAAAAUGCUCGUGGCGGUGGUGAUCGCGUUCUUCGUCUGCUGGGCCCCUUUUCACGCCCAGAGGCUCCUGGCCAUCCACGGGGACCAAAUGCGGCCACUGGACAUCAAGGUCUACCAGGUCUUGACCAACACCUCCGGGAUCCUUUACUACAUGUCCGCAACCAUCAAUCCCAUCCUUUAUCACAUCCUCUCGGCCAAGUUCCGCAAAGCUUUCAGGGUUUUUUCCCCGUUUUUUUUCUUUGCCACCCUCCUUCCUUUGAAAAGGAACGAGGCUGCUCUGUGUGUGCAUGACAGUGUCAAACUU